AUGGUUGGUGCAUCCGAUAAAUGCACAUUCGGUAUCCGAAUGCCCAUCGACAUUCACAUGCUCAAUGCAAUCAUAUCCAGAGAGGUUAAACAUUUCCGCAACUAUAAAAUAUAUAGACCUAAUUUCGGAGCUUUACCAGUAUCUGGAAAAUUCCAUGCUGCUCACGACUUGCAAAUAGAAACAAAGGAGCAAAAGUUAAAAAUUGACGAUUAUUGCAACAAGGUAAAGAAGGCCAGAGCAAUGGGACCUCGCACUAAAUAUUCGGCUCCAGUUACUUCGAAUCAUGAGUAUGGUUGGUACUACAAACCCUUAGUAAAUGUAGAUCGCAACGACCGUCGCUUUUACCAACCAAUCACUGAAAGCAUUGAAACAAAGGUAGAAAUAAUUAUCCUCACGUCCAAUCCGAAGAACAAAUUGAAAACGUAA